AUGGCGGCGGUGAUACCGGCUUCUCGGAGGCUCCGCAACUUGCUGACCUGUCGAUUGACAGCCCGCACCAACCUGGGUCUCAGCCUUAACCUUCAUCCCAUGAGUUCUUUUGCACAAGAUGAGGCCUCCAAAGCAGCCCCCGAGGAAGCCCCAGGCCACAGCUAUGAGUCCCUUCGGGUGACAUCUGCCCAGAAACACAUCCUGCAUGUGCAGCUAAACCGGCCGGAGAAGAGAAACGCCAUGAACAAGGCCUUCUGGAGCGAGAUGGUGGUGUGCUUCAACAAGAUUGCAGAAGAUGCUGACUGUCGUGCUGUGGUGAUCUCUGGCGCAGGAAAAAUGUUCACUUCAGGUAUCGACUUCGUGGACAUGGCUUCAGGCCUCCUUCAGCCCGCAGGAGACGACGUGGCCCGCAUCAGCUGGCACCUCCAUAGCCUCCUCAGCAGAUACCAAGAGACCUUCAGCGUCAUCGAGAAGUGCCCUAAGCCGGUGAUUGGCGCCAUCCAUGGGGGCUGCAUUGGUGCAGGAGUGGAUCUUAUCACUGCCUGUGACAUCCGGUACUGUACCCAGGAUGCUUCCUUCCAGGUGAAGGAGGUGGACCUAGGUUUGGCAGCGGAUGUGGGAACCCUGCAGCGACUGCCCAGAGUCAUCGGGAACCAGAGCCUGGUCAACGAGCUGGCCUUCACUGCCCGCAAGAUGAUGGCUGACGAGGCCCUGGACAGUGGGCUGGUGAGCCGGGUCUUCCCAGACAAAGAGGUCAUGCUUGAUGCGGCCUUCGCCCUGGCAGCCGAGAUUUCCAGCAAGAGCCCCGUGGCGGUGCAGAGCACUAAGAUCAACCUGCUCUACUCCCGCGACCAUUCGGUGACAGACAGCCUCAACUUCAUGAAAUCCUGGAACAUGAGCAUGCUGCAGACAGAGGACGUCGUUAAGUCUCUCCAGGCCUUAAUGGAGAAGAAGGAACUGAAGAGCAUCACCUUCUCCAAGCUCUGA